AUGACAUCGAUAGGAACGGGCUACGAUCUUCUCAACUCCAUCUUUUCGCCAGAUGGCCGCAACUUUCAGGUGGAAUAUGCAGUUAAAGCAGUAGAGAGUGGCGGCACCUCAAUCGGCAUUCGGUGCAAGGACGGCGUCGUCCUAGCUGUCGAGAAGGUGGUGACAUCAAAGCUGCUAAAGCCCGGCGCAAACAAGCGAAUUGCUACCGUCGACAGCCACAUUGGUGUUACGUGUCGUGUCUUCGGGGCUGAAGCUAAUCUGUGCACCCAGGUCUACUCAGGAAUGGUCCCCGACGGCCGACACUUUGUCGACCGUGCCCGCGACGAGUCCCAAAGCUGGCGCCAAAACUUCAAGACCCCGAUCCCCACGGCCGAUCUUGCCUCGAGGAUGGGCGGCUAUCUCCAGGCAUACACCAUGUACGGCUCCGUCCGGCCAUUCGGCAUAACCGCCAUUGUCGGCGGCGUAGACACAUCCGAAGAGACACCCGUCGACGGAGAAGUUGGCUCUGGCCCCAAGUGUGGUGCUGGCGGCAAGGUCCCUGGCAAGCACGGCGGCCCCUUCCUGUACAUGAUUGAGCCCAGUGGUCUGUACUGGGGCUACUAUGGUGCUGCUACGGGCAAGGGUCGUCAGGCGGCUAAGGCUGAGCUGGAGAAGUUGGAUCUGCAGUCAGGCAAUAUGACCAUGGAGGAGGCCGUCAAGGAGGCUGCGAGAAUCAUCUAUAUUGCACAAAAGGACAACAAGGACAAGGAUUUUGAACUGGAAAUGACUUGGAUCAGUGGUGUGGACGGUCCGACCAAGGGUCGUCAUGUCGAGGUGCCCAAGGAGUUGCGGGAGGAAGCUGAGAGAUUAGCAAAGGCAGAGGAUGACUCAGACGACGACGACGAGAACGAUAAGAAAGACGAUGAUAAGAUGGAGGAAUAG